CAACACUCAGUUGGGCGGCGGGCACUGCGGCAGCUGACUGCAGAGACGACAAACGAGAAAGGUUCGGACGAGCAUGGACGAGUCCGACCUGCGCCGCCGCCGCCGCCGCCCGGACUCGGCGAGCCUGGAGGCGGAGGUGGCGGAGCUGCGCGGCAGCCUCGCGCGCAUGACGGCCACCGUCGACAAGAUCUACAACGUGGUGAAGAUCAUCUACUGGGACGGCCAGCGCGCCGCGCCGCCGCCGCCGCCACAGUCGCGUCCAGCCCCUCAGGGCCUCCUGCGCCAGGUGCUCACCAGGUCCCACCUCAAGGCCGCGACGACGCGGGACCCCCCGAGCCGCAGGGGGCGCCACCGCGGCUGCCGGGUCGCCUUCGACCUGCUGGGACCAUCCGCCGCCGCCGCAGCCCCGCCCGUCCGCCCCCGGGCAGACCGCCGCUCCUCCGGGUACGUCGACGACUCCACCUUGCGGUGGGCCGAGCUCCUGCCGAGGCUGCUCGACGGACCCUCGCGCUUCGAGGGCGAAGAGUACUUCACCGGCUGCCGGCAGCCCCGUCCUCCCCGGGACGCCCCCGAGGACGUCUUGCAGCCGAUAGUCGAGGGGGACCACGAGUUUCCGACGGGAAUUCCCGUCGUCGUCGUCGUCGGACCCGACGUGACCCCUGAUCAGGCUUCAAGCGUCGACCCGCUCGGACCUGCUGUCCGGCACUCUCCCCGGGUGUCAGAGACCGCGAAGAUGCACGUCCCGAGCUCCAGGCCCGUUCCCGUCUCGUCCAGCGCAGGAUUCUCGGGAGGAACCGCCGACGGGAGCGAACUCCAGGACCUGUCCGGCGGAUGUUCCCCUUCGCCCGGGGAGACGAAGUGGACCUCCAGUCUCGAUCCGACCCCGGGAUCGACGGCGCAGGACUCCAGAGCGACCGGGCUGGUGGCAGGAGCGGCUGGCGUCGCGAAAACCUGCUCCAAAGGAGGAAGCUGUCUCGUGCUCGUCCACUGCCAAGGUCUGCUGGAGCGGAUGUUGAAAUGUGGCUGUGCGAGCGAUGACUCGGCGAAUCAGCAGCCUGCAAGCACCUCUACUGAUGGAACCUCUACUGAUGGAACCUCUACUGAUGGAACCUCUACUGAAGGAACCUCGACUGAAGGAACCUCGACUGAAGGAACCUCGACUGAAGGCACGCCAUAAUGUAAAGAUUAAGACUCAGCUGGUGUUCAGCAGUGUUUAUUAAACGUGACGACCCAUUCGGGUGACAAAUAUUGACCUUCUUUUAUUAAUACGUUUUCUAGUCAUCAGAUUAAUUUUAGCUUGUUAUGCAGGCGUGUAUAAAAUAAUUACUUAAAUGCAAUUAAUUAUUUUUUAUAACAUAUUAGUCAUGCGAGAGUAUUUUAAAUAGCCGAGAGCUCAAUUUUAAUGAGUACUGUUUUUUUACGUCGCGUUUCUCAAAGUAAAAUCAUUUUACAAAAGAUUUUAAAAAUUUAAUUGUGUUAGUUGUGAAAAAAAAUUCUACGUAAGUGUUAAAUGUUCACAUUGAUCAAGUGAUAAAUCUUUAUAUUUCACGGAAACGAAGCCUAGUGCACUAAACAAGAUGUCCUGUAUUAAUUUAUGUAUGUAUUUAUGUACUUGCUCUAAAUCUUGCUUACUUAAUUUUCUGUUCGUUAUACAUCAUAUAUUAAAGGUGUUUUGUAUUCUUGUACGCCUAUAUGUCACUUCAAAAAUAACUUUGAGCGAUUGAAAAAGUUCUUUCAAGUGAAGGAUAUGUGAUACUCAAAAUAAAUUUACAUCUCUUAAGUGCAGAAA